CAUCCGUCCAGUCGAGUCUUCCCCCAGCCCACGCGCCCCGCCACCUACACCUCAACUUCCCAUCCAUUUCUCCCUCUCCCUCUCUCUCCAAUCCGUCUCCCUAACUGCAGAUUUGUCUCCCCUUUCGCCGCGCGCGGGCGGGGGAGGGAGGACUCCUUUUCUCGUUUCUGUUCCGCCUCCUCCCAACUCAUCCGCCGCGCCGCGCGCCUCCUUCCCCCCCGCCCUGCCGCCGCUUCGGCCGCCGCUAGAUCCUUUUCCUCGCCUUUUCUUUCCUUUUUCCCCGCGCAUGCACGGGGACGGGGUCGUGUGACUGAUUCGCCGGACGGUCACGCCGCCAAUGGGGGACGCGUCCACCUCCGCCGCCCCCGCCACGCCCACCUCCACGCUCAUCUGCCUCGAGGACGGCAACGACCUCUUCCUCGACGACGAUAGCCCCGCCGGCGGCUUGGCGGACUCGCGCCUCGCCGCCGACGACGGGCUCCUGCUGCUCGACCGCGACGACGAGUACGUCGCCCUCAUGCUCUCCAAGGAGGGCGCCGGCGCCGGCGCCGGCGCGUGCGGCGAGGAGCUGGACGAGUGGACCAAGGCCGCGCGCGCCGUGUGCGUCGACUGGAUUGUCAAGACGAACGCGAGGUUCCUCUUCAGCGGGAAGACGGCGUACGUCGCGGUGACGUACCUCGAUCGGUUCUUGGCGCAGCGGCGAGUCGAUAGGGGGAAGGAGUGGGCCCUGCAGCUCCUCUCGGUGGCCUGCCUCUCGCUGGCGGCCAAGGUGGAGGAGCACCGGGUGCCGCGGCUGCCGGAGUUCCGGCCGGACGAGUACGACUUCGACAGCGCCUCCAUCCUGCGCAUGGAGCUCCUCGUCCUCGGCACGCUCAAGUGGCAGAUGAUCGCCGGCACCCCGUUCCCGUACCUCAGCUGCUUCGCGUCCAGGUUCCGGCACGACGAGCGCAGGGCCAUCGUCCUGCGCGCCGUCAAGUGCAUCUUCGCCUCCAUCAAAGUGAUGAGCUCGGUGGAGUACCAGCCGUCGACCAUGGCGCUGGCGUCGAUCCUGGUCGCGCGCGGCGGCAGGGAGGGGACGGGGACGGCCCCGAGCCUAGAGGAGGAGCUCAAGGCGAUCCUGGGCUCAUCAUGGCAGCAAUUACACACCGGGCAUGUGUAUUCCUGCUACAGCGUGAUGAUCCAGGAGGAGGGCAGGUCCACGCAGUCGAGCAGGGAGGUGGCGGCUUCCUCCGGCGUCUCCGCCGCCGCCCCCGCCGGGAGCCCGGGCACCUCCGUCGCCAUGGCCGUGGCCGCCGACGACAAUAAUGCCAUUGCCACCGCCUCGGCGGACAAUAAUAAGAGGAGAAGGGUGCGUUCGCCUCAGCGCCAGUAGGGGGAGCUGGACGAAUGUUGGCUGGAGUUCAGCUCGCGCUCUGGUCUAGCUGCUGCUAAUUUCUGUCGCCCCCCUAGCCUUAGCCUUUUUUUCAUUAGCUUGAGCAGUGAUUUUGGUGGUGGUGGUGGCUAAAUAGGGGGCAGGACUUGAUUCUUGUGAUUGUGCAAUUAUUGCAGCUGAUUGGUAAGUUAGGAUCGGAAAGAUUUUGGUUUUCAGGA